AUGGCAUUAAUUCUAGUGCUGUUGAUCUUGGCUGCUGUACUGCCCCCAUCCCUUCUUCAAGAUGACGAUGAGAAUAAAAGUCUUGAGGAUUUGUCAACCUCUAAAACAUCAGUCCAAGAAGAGAUUGUAAACAAGCACAACCAAUUGAGACGAAUGGUUUCUCCAUCUGGUAGUGACUUACUAAAAAUGGAAUGGAACCAUGAUGCUCAAGUGAAUGCUCAGGAUUGGGCAGACAAGUGCAUGUACUUUCACAGUCCUGUAGAUCUCAGGACAACCAAGUUAAAAUGUGGUGAAAAUUUGUUCAUGUCAAAUUACCUUGCACCAUGGUCUUCUGUAAUCCAAUACUGGUAUGAUGAAUCCAAUGAUCUGACUUUUGGUGUGGGCCCAAAGAAAUCUGGUGAUAAAGUUGGACAUUAUACUCAGAUGGUUUGGAAUUCAACUUUCCAAGUUGCAUGUGGAGUUGCUGAAUGCCCUGAAAACCCACUGAAAUUCUUGUAUGUUUGUCACUAUUGUCCCAUAUUGCAUUUCAGUGGCAAUUAUGUGAACCGGUUAUACAACCCUUACACAGUAGGACCGCCUUGUGCCAGUUGUCCUGGUCACUGUGAAGAUGGGCUAUGCACGAAUAGUUGUGAACAUGAAGAUGAUUAUUCUAACUGUGCAGAUCUGAAGAAGAGUGUAACCUGUGACCAUGCAAUUGUUAAAGAAGGUUGCAAAGCUACAUGCUACUGUGAAGACAAAAUUCAUUAA